GUCAUCACCGUAUUUGCCAUAAUUUUAAUGUAUAUUAAUUGGAAAUCUGUGCUAAAAAGUUAAAGUGUGCAUUACGCUUGUUCUGUUGUCCGUAUUCUCUAUUAUUAUUUUGCAUUUUGAUGAGUAUAUUUAGGGUUUCAGGUAGCGUUUUUGACAAGGACUAGUUAUCGGUGGUUCGACUGAGUUACGAAUACGUAUAGCGUCAGGGCGAAUAUCAAAGAAUCGAGUGAAACGGUGCAGAGCAAAACUCGGAUGGCGAUGGGCGAGGAGCGCCGUAGCUGAGGCGCGUCGUUGGCUGGGGCUGACGAGUAGUGAUGGGCUCGGAGGAGAACGUAUGCCCGCAGGCGUGGGGCGGUCGCGCAGGCGGGUUGGCGCGAGAACUGCGUCGGUUGGCAGAACGACCUCCGCCCGGUGUUAAGCUGCUGCUGCGCGACGACGACCUCUCCGCCAUCUCAGCGCUCAUCGAUGGGCCAGCGGAGACCCCGUACGAGGGCGGCGUGUUCCGCGUGCGGCUGCAGCUGGGGCGCGGCUACCCCGCGGCGCCGCCGCGCGCCGUGUUCGCGACGCGCAUCUUCCACCCCAACGUGUCGGCGGCCGGCGAGGUGUGCGUCAACACGCUGGCGCGCGACUGGCGGCCGGAGCUGGGGCUGGCGCACGCGCUGCUGGCCGUGCGCUGCCUGCUCAUCGCGCCCAACCCCGACUCGGCGCUCAACGCGGAGGCGGCGGCGCUGCUGCGCGACGACUACCCCGCCUACUGCGCGCGCGCGCGCCUGCUGGCCGACAUCCACGCGCGCGCGCCCGACGCGGAGGCGGCCGAGGGGGCCGAGGGGGCCGAGGGGGCGGGGGACGCGGAGGGGGCCGACGCCGACGACGGCCCCAGCGCCAAGCGCGAGCGGCGCGCGGCGGGCAAGGGCCGCGACAAGCGCCGCAUCCUGAAGCGAUUAUGA